CCCACCCCCCUCCCGCUUGCUCUCUCUCUCCCCUGCCCGGGAUGGAGAACUCUGAACCGGACCCAGUCCCGCCAGCGGAACGGGGUCGCGGGCGUGCUGUACGGGGAGUUCACCGACGCGCUCAACGACCGGCUCCGGUGCUCGGUGAGCUUGACGCAGAGCCGCCUGACCGUCCGGAGGAUCUGCGCGUCGCCCGGCGGCGCCACGCUGGUGUUUAACAUGACCGACUGCGUGGGAUGCCGGGCGCACGGCGGGCCGGACGGCGCGGACGUCGGCGCCUACUUCAGCGCCUACUUCUACCCGCUGCAGAGCCGCUGGAUGAGCGCCGGGGUGGCGCGGCAGCGGGUGGAGCAGCGCUUUCGGGUGGCGCCGGUCCGGGACCCGCUCGCCAACCUCCGGGAGGCGGAGAGGUGGGCGCGUUGCAUCAGAGACGCCUCCAUGCUGCAGGCGCCCCGCAGAGACGGCGUGGUGUACGGGCGGGUGCGGCGGCCCUGCCGGGUCAUGAUUCUGGUGAACCCUCACAGUGGGCGGGGCCAGGCCCUCCAGCGCUUCACCGGCCGCGUCCAGGGGAUGCUCACCGAGGCCGCGGUGCCCUACACGCUGGUCAUCACGGAGCACCAGAACCACGCGCGGGAGCUGGCGAGGAAGGCGGACCUGUCGCAGUGGGACGCCCUGGUUAUAAUGUCAGGAGACGGGCUGCUGUUUGAGGUGAUAAACGGUCUGAUGGAGCGGGAGGACUGGCAAGAGGCCAUCCGGACCCCACUGGGUAUCCUGCCGGGGGGGUCCGGUAACGCCCUGGCCGCCUCCGUCCACCACUACUCGCAGUCGCCCCCGGCGUGGAACGAGGAGCUCCUCCUCAGCUGUGGCUUCCUGCUGUGCAAAGGUCUGGUGGUCUCCAUGGACCUGGUGUCCGUCCACCUGUCCUCGCGGCAGCGCCUCUUCUCCUUCCUGUCUCUGGCCUGGGGCUUCGUGGCCGACGUGGACGCGGAGAGCGAGAAGUACCGGCACGUCGGCGCCGUCCGCUUCCUGAUGGGCACCCUGGCGCGCCUGGCCUCGCUCACAGUCUACCGGGGCAGGUUGGCGUACCUGCCCGCCGCGGAGGCGCCGAAGCCCCCCCGAGGGAGCGCCGCGGCCCAUCCGCCCGCCUCCACGCCGCGGCGGCCCUCGCUCUGCUCCUCCCCGCCCCGCCGGCUCACACCCGACACCCCCGCCAACCAGAACUCUCUCCACAAGCACAACAGCGCCGAACAGAACCGCCGCGCCAUCACCGACGCCUCCAACAACGCCAUCACCAACAGGACCGCCGAGGCCAGGUCGCAGGACGACUCCCUGCUUCCCGGCCCGGACCAGCCGGUGCCGGAGAGCUGGACCGUGGUCAGGGAGGAGGACUUCGUCUUGGUGCUCGCCAUUUACCAGUCGCACCUGGCCGAGGACCUGCGGGCGGCCCCCGGCGCCACGGCCGACGACGGGGUCAUCCACCUGUUCUACGUGACGGCGGGGAUCUCCCGCCCGGCGCUGCUGCGCCUCUUCCUCGCCAUGGAGAAGGGCGGCCACCUGGCGUGCGGCUGCCCCCACCUGGUGUACGAGAAGGUGAGGGCCCUGCGGCUGGAGCCCGUCUCCCCGCAGGGCAGGAUCACCGUGGACGGGGAGACGGUGGAGUACGGACCCGUUCAGGCUCAAGUCCACCCGGGCCUGGCCCGACUCAUCAGUGGAUGAACCCGCGUUCAAUCUUUGUUUCUUUGUUUUAAGUGCCAAAGACGUUCCAUCAGCCUCCUGAUAGUCCUCUAUUUUUAUACACAAACAGUGUCCUAUUUCGAUGGACCCCGUCCCUCUAUAUGUUCGAUUCAGGGUCAAAGCCAUGGAUGGUUGUUCUUGCUGCUGGCUGGUCCCAGCUUGGUGACAUGGACAGAGUGUGUGUGUGUGUGUGUGUGUGUGUGUGUGUCUGGAGACAUCUUGAUGGCUCUGCUGAGGAGUGCGUUGUGCACUCUGCUGUCCGACCUCAUAAGCGUGACACGCGUGAAGAGAAGCACAUUUUUCCGUCCCGGUAGGCUCCCAGAGAGGACACCCCCCCCCCCCACAGCCCUCGUCCCGCUGUCCUGCCCCCCCCCAGGGCGACACCGUCCUCUCUGACAGCAUCGCCUCCCUCAGGGGGAUUCAUGCUGAAAAAUCUCUAAUCUUUGCAUAGUUUAUAUGAACCUGUGAAUUGCACAUCCUGGUUCCUCCUCCAUCCCCACUUCCUGUCCUUUUUACCACUCAA